AUGCCAGCAGCGUUACGGAAACCGCGAUUUAUGCCAUUACGUGCCACGUUGACUGUCCUUGACGAGUUGUCUGAGGAGGUUGCGGUGAUGUCGCAGGAUUUGUGGGAUGAGAUGUAUCGACCGGAGGAGAUCUCUCGGGGGUAUUGCUACGUCGCCGUUGAGGUUAAUAUCUACGAUUCGAAAGAAUAUUGCGUGCUCAGGGCUGAUCUUAAUCCGUCACUGCCAUUUGGCACUGUCGCUAUUGGGAGCAAGGUCGGCGACUGGACGGAUGGAACGGUGGUGAAGGUACAGUCCACUAGACCUGUGGAGCUGACAAAUGUGAUCCUUUCGACAGAUCCAGUGUUUUAUGAUGCGAUUGUUGAGAAUAAAGUGGGGUUGGCGGAGUGGAUCCGGAGGUCAGGGAGGAUCAUCCGAACAGGUACGAAGUUGCAGCUCGAUGUGGAAGGAGGAAACACGGCUCUCCAUUUACGAUUAUGCGAACCUGUGGUACAAGGAGUCAUUGGCGCGGAGACUGAGCUUGUGAUUGCUCGAGGGGCCAGUUCAAAUGAGGUUGGGGAGGAGGAUGUGGAUGAGCUGGUGGGUGAGCUGGACAAGUCUCGGUUCUUCGGACUGGAAGGUUCGCAUACAAGUCUGACUUCGAGUUUGCAUUUCUCCGUGCCAACACAAUCAAAAGCGUUGCUACCGUCCUUGCAGGCUCACGUCUUGACAAGACCCGUACGGGUUGAGCGACUUCAGGGACAGCACAUCUCAGAGGACGAAGAUAAGGAGGUGUGGGUCUUGCUGAAUUCGGAAGCCAUGUGUUCUUUGGGACUUUUCAGUGAGGACCUAUGCUGGGUUUCUAACGGAGCUGACGUACCCAAGCGGCUCGUCCGGGUAUUCGCCGGUGAUGAAAGUGACGAUGGCGUACGUCUAUCUCCAGUGUUAUGGCACAAUAUGGGAUCACCAGCUCAGCUCGUCUUCACACCUCUCUCUCCUUCUGAGAAGAGGAAGCAGGCCCUCCUCAAAGUCGCUGACGCAAUCAACAUAUACAAGAUCCCCACCCCGACAUCCACGGACCGCGAACUCCAACCAGCUGUUCUCAGUGCACUGAAAUCCCAUUUCUCCAACAUGAAACGAGUGAUGCGAAGUGGCGAUAUCUUCGGCGUCGGGAUUGACGAGGAGACUGCUCGUGCGUUAUACGUCCCGCCUUCUCCCGACGCAGAUGAGGACGAUGGUGAGGAUCUGGAACUGUUGAGUGGACGAAAAACGGCGGCAGUCUGGUUUAUGGUCGAGAUCGAGGGUGAAAUGAAGGAUGCGGAGGUCAUUGUCGAUCCAAAAACGACAAGGAUGACACAAGUCGGCUCAAAACAACUUACCAUACCGAAGCUAUCGAGCGGAUGGCCGACAUAUCUUGGCCUAUCAACAACCCUACCAGCAUCGCCACCCUCCUCCACCCCCGCCACGGAUCUGCCCCCAGCCUACCCCCGCCUAAAAGCCCUGCUCACCGCCGCCCUAUCCCCGCGUGCCCGCAAACUUCCUAUAAGCACAAUUCUCCUCUACGGCGCCCGCGCCGUUGGGAAAUCCACACUCGCGCACUGGGCCGCGGGAGAACUUGGUAUCCACGUCUUCGAGAUAAACGCGUACGAGAUCGUUGGUGAGACGAGUGCAAAAACGGAGGCGUAUUUGAGGGCCAGGAUUGAGAGAGCUGGGGCGUAUGCGCCUUGCCUCAUCCUCUUGCGGCAUGUCGAGGCGUUGGGGAGGAAGAAGUCUGACAACGAGAAUGGGGAAAGCUUUGGGAGAGAGAUUAUUGCUGAGGCACUGGAAGAGGCGAGAAAACUUGCCGGUGAAUUCGGCGUUGCGCUUGUUGGUACAACCUCUGAGAAGGAGAAGGUUGGGGAGGGUGUCGUGGCGGCGUUUCGGCAUGAGAUUGAGGUUGGGGCGCCAAGCGAGGGGGAGAGGUUGUGUAUCUUGGAGACGCUGGUUGAGAGGGGCGGCGUGAGGGUUAGUCCGGAUGUUGAGUUGAGGAGUCUGGCGGUCAAGAGCGCUGCGCUUGUUGCGGGUGAUUUGGUAGAUGUUGUACGGCGAGCAGAAAUGGUCGCCGAUACCCGGAUCGAGAACUUCAUCUCCAGCUCUGGACAAGCUAUAUCGGCGAAGGAUGUGCAGGUUGCUGGGAGGUGGGUAACUGCGGCAGAUUUCGAGGCGGCAAUGACGGAGGCGAGAAAGGCGUAUUCGGACUCCAUCGGUGCGCCGAAGAUCCCGAACGUAACAUGGGAUGAUGUCGGUGGGUUGGCGAGUGUGAAGGAUGAUAUCAUGGACACGAUCCAACUUCCUCUGGAUCACCCCGAACUGUUCGCUUCGGGGAUGAAGAAGCGUUCGGGUAUCCUCUUCUAUGGUCCCCCGGGUACGGGUAAGACUUUACUCGCCAAAGCUGUCGCAACUAGUUUCUCUCUCAACUUCUUCAGUGUCAAGGGUCCGGAGUUGCUGAACAUGUACAUCGGUGAAUCCGAAGCAAAUGUCCGCCGUGUCUUCCAGCGAGCUCGAGAAGCGAGGCCUUGUGUGGUGUUCUUCGAUGAACUGGAUUCCGUAGCGCCGAAGAGGGGUAAUCAGGGUGACAGUGGAGGUGUGAUGGAUCGAAUUGUGAGUCAAUUGCUUGCAGAGUUGGAUGGUAUGAGUGGUGGGGGAAGUGGAGAUGUCUUUGUUAUUGGAGCUACGAACAGGCCAGAUUUGCUUGAUCCAGCUUUGUUGAGACCGGGACGAUUCGACAAAAUGGUGUAUCUCGGAGUCAGUAAUACGCAUGAGCAGCAGCUGAACAUCUUGCAAGCAUUGACACGAAAGUUCCGCCUUUCGCCACCCCUCGACCUUGCGAACAUCGCCAAUGCCUGUCCUUUUACCUACACCGGAGCCGAUUUCUACGCCCUGUGUUCUGAUGCCAUGCUGAAGGCCAUGACACGACAAGCGGCCGCCGUGGAUCGGAAGGUCAAGUCCUACGUCCCUCCCAUUUCAACACACUAUUUCUUCGAUCACCUGGCGACUGAGGAGGAUACUGAAGUUGUCGUUACAGAAGAGGAUUUCAAAGAUGCGAUGAAUGAGUUGGUCCCGAGUGUUAGUGAGAAGGAGUUGGCUCAUUUCAAGGAGAUUCAGAGCAAGUUUAGCAUGAAGAAAGAGGAGAAGAAGGACAAAGGAAAGGGUAAGGCCGUUGAGGACGAUGUGGUGCAUAAUGGGAAUGGAGCGGAGCCGUAUACGUAGGUUGGGAAGGAGGUGGUGGAAGUCGAUGAGGCAGCGAAUAACAUGGACCAAGAGGAAGGACGGGGCUCAAUAGGCAAGGUGGACAGGAAAGGAAAAGGGAACGAAAGAGCAUUCUAGCAUCAUACAAUAUACUGAGUCACCC